AUGCCGCUGUGGUCCUCUUCCAACAAGACCUCCGCCAAUACCCUCAAGAAGAUGGUCGGCCUCACCACCCUCCUGGCACCUACACGAGACGGAUUCCACUUCCAGCCCGCUCCCCGGCCGAUGCCCCUCAUCAAUAUCACAAACGUCGACGGCGCCACCGACCCUUCAUCCUCGUCAUCCGCUGCCUCGGACCCCAAGGAGGCAGUCGUUUCGCCCAGUCCCGAGGAGAUCCUGCUCAGCCAGGCCAUCCGCGAACGUUUCGAAAAGAUAUUCAACGACCUACGCUCCCGCCGCUCUUCACUAUCCCGUGAACCUUUUGUUACGCGCGACCAACUCCUCGUGUUCCUUGAGAAUACCCAGGGCGAGACCGAUGUCGAGGCUGUAUUGCCUGAGGGUCAGCAACGAUACAACUAUGGCGAGUUUCUCGAAUUGUGGUGGAGAAACUACGGCUGGGAUGCUACUCGCCCAAUAAAGGAGGAGGACAAGGACUUGAGCCGGCCCAUUACGAACUACUUCAUCAGCAGCAGCCACAACACAUACUUGGAGGGCAACCAGCUUGCCUCCAGGAGUUCACCCGAGGCUUACAAAACUGUCCUUCGCCGUGGAUGUCGAUGUAUCGAAAUCGAUAUCUGGAACGGAGACACCCCCAUCACAACACAAGAGGGCAGCCGCUCUCCCAAACCUGAUCAUUCGAGGAACCUGUCUGGCUCCUCUCUUCCCAACGUGGCUGCGAGCGUCAAGGAGACGGUGGAAGAUCUGCUGAUCGAGCGCAGCACGAACGGCAAUGGCCACAACAGAAACACCAGCACUGCCAGCAGGUCUCUAAAUCCUCGCGAUAGUGCCACUCUGCUGGGGCCGAGCGAGUCCACUGACUCCCUCGGCAAAACCCUACGGCCCUCAUCGCCGACCCCCUCUAUGAAGAACCGCCUGCCGUAUCCCAAGGAUGAGCCGAUUGUCACUCAUGGCUGGACUUUAACGACUCCCUGUGGCUUCAGAGAGGUCUGCAAGGCCGUUCGCGAAUCCGCUUUCGAGACGAACGAAUUGCCCCUGAUUGUCAGUCUCGAGGUCCAUGCCGACAAGGAGCAGCAGGAGGUGAUGGUCAGAAUCAUGAAAGAGGAGUGGGAAGGCAUGUUGAUCGACAAGUCUUGGGAGGGUAUUGAUCCCCGGUUCCGCCUCCCCAAGCUCGAGGAGCUGAAGCGCAAGAUCCUCGUCAAGGUGAAGAAGGCGCCUAAUAAGAUUGAGGUGCCUCCCAGCACGACGGCCCUCUCCCAAGUAUUUGCCAACGACGAGGACGCUUCGGGUUCCGACGAUGAACGCAACAAGGAGGCGCCUAAACCGGAGACGCCGAAACCGCCCAUGACACCAAAGCUCGAUGCCCCUGUCAAGGUCCAUAGUGGAAAUGAGCCGGCCAAGAGCACAAAGGUGGCCAUUUGCCAGGCACUUAGCAGUUUGGCCAUCUACACCCACAGCGAGCACUUCAAGAGUUUUGAGACGCCGGCGGCUAAGAAGCCGAGUCACAUCUUUUCGAUAAGCGAGAACAGGAUCCUGGAAUUGCACACGACCAAGGCCCGCGAGAUGUUCACGCACAACAAAAACUUCUUCAUGCGGGCAUUCCCCAACGGCUCGCGUGUCGACAGCUCCAACCCUGACCCCAGUCUCUUCUGGCGCAAGGGCGUGCAGAUGGUUGCUCUGAACUGGCAAUAUCUCGACGAAGGAAUGAUGCUCAACGAGGGCAUGUUCGCGGACGAGCUGGGAUGGGUCCUCAAGCCUGUUGGAUACCGCAGCUCUGACAAGGACACGCUGACGGAGGUCGACGCCGCGCCGCAGGGCGAUCUGGAACUCACCGUCACCAUCAUUGCUGGACAGCACAUCUUUGUUGACGACGAUUCUGCCAGCGAUAGCAGCCGCGGCAAGCACCUUCGGCCAUUUGUCAAGUGCGAGCUUCACGUCGAGAUUGGAGCGCAAAACGGAAAGGCUGCCGACGAAGACGACUUCAAGCUCAAGACGGGAUCGAGAAAGACUGACCACCCGGAGUGGGAAAAUGGAGCACGGCUCAAGUUCCCCAAGAUUUCGAGGGUGGUGGAGGAGUUGAGUUUCCUCAGAUUCAAGAUUGAGGAUGAUCCGCUCCUCGGCGGCGACGAGCUCCUCUCGUGGGCAUGUAUCCGCCUCGACCGUCUCCGUCCCGGCUUCCGCUUCAUCAGGCUCAUGGACACCAAGAACAGGCCGAUUGAAGGUGGCAAGCUGCUCGUAAAGAUCGACAAGGUGGUGCGGUAG